AUGAUGAACAGGAACUUACGUAUCACUCUAUUGCUUAAAUGUUGGCACUGGAAUAGCGCAUCCUCGCUCCUUUGUUCACCCAUAGUUCCUUGUUUCACCCCUGAGGUUUCUUAUCCAUCAUCUGUGCUUCUUAUUGCAUAUGUACAGCUUCAAAGUGAAGAAGGUGAGGAAAAGGAAGUGAAGACUGUGUACUCUCUUGGCCAACUGGAACAGGGCGUAUACCACAGCCUGCUCACUACGAUACCAAAGUAUUGGUACCUUGGUCCGCUGAAGGCAAGAGCUGCACUGUUCUUCGGAGCCCUCAAGGGUGUUCCAGAGACAACUGUUGCUAGACUUUCUUACUGCGAACCAUGCAGUGGUUGCUCACGGUGUUUCAACCAAAAUGCAUUGGGUGAAGUACAGCCACCCCCCAGGCGUCAUUGGUGGUCUUCACUAAUUCAUAGGGCAGCUCCGCAAAGUGAGUCUCAGGUUGACUACAGCAAGCUCAUCAAUGAGGACUGCGGAGUUUGGCAGGAGGAGGUCACCGAGCACAGCCAGCUUGACGUUUCGGCAAAUGCACAAAAGGAUCUUCAUACACUGCACUUAAAGGCCAGUCCACCACUCUCUGGAAGAUACCAACUGUUCUCUGAAUGCCUCCAAAGGUACUCAAGAAAGACGAAAGAAGUACACACACCUCCACACCAAAUCAUGGCUCGUGAAGCGAUUGUGGACUACUCCAGUGGGUCGCAGCAUGGCAGUCCAGAGAGCAAGAAGGCAGUGUACAUAGACUCCGUCGAGUACAAGGCAGACCGUGUGCACCUGAAGCUUGUUCCUAGUAUUUUGAAUGUGUACCGAUACAUAAAUAGCUAAUAAAUGGGCCAGGU